AGCGAUCGUUUCUAGUGUAUUUCGGAUGUUGAUCCUUUGGAACAGUGUUACUCUUAUAGAACAUUUUAUGGGUUUCCGGUGUAAGGUUGAAAAUGUUCCAGUCAGUCACUAUCACUAGAAAAUUUAUUCAUUGUGACUAGGGCAGGCGUUUGUUUAUUUGAUGUUACCGUGUUUAACGGCUGUUCAACAUAAAUGUAUAAAGGCCGGGCUACAUUGAUCGUACUCGCAAGUGUAAUUUCGAUUUUCACUAGCGCAUCUGGCGGAGGCUGACCGAAGCAUUUUGCCAAACAAUUUAGAGCCGCUCCAGAAAAUAUGUUAUGUUUCCAUGGUACUUUAACUGGACUGGAAAAGCUUUGUAAUUGAUAGACAAUCAUAUUGUGCAAGUAUUUCAGCCGUUUUCGCAUCAAAAAACGAUGUAAAAACUACUUAAUUUUGAGAUCCGGCACGACCAUUCCCUCGAUGACCAAAAAAAGCUUCCACCAGCGGCCGCCAGAUGCGCUAGUGAAAAUCAAAAUUACACCACGGAGUACGAUCAAUGUAGCCCGGCCUUAACAUCAAUGACAAUCAAAAUAUUGUACAUGAAAACGAUUGUGUGUACAGACAACUGAGGCUUUAUGAAUAAUCAUGAUCAAAUGUUCUUUUAAGGAAUAGGCAUUCACUCCGAAAAUUCCUUACGCGUGAUUGUUUUAGCUACAUUGAAUCUUCAUGUUAUUUGUUAUAUAUGAUACUACUUUUUUAAAGAAGGGCCCUUGAACUGAUCAGUCAAAGAAGUAUAAACAUUUUUGAGCUAAUUUUGUAAAAAAAUUAAAUAAAUUUAGGAUAAAACAUCAAAUCUUUCUAUAGACACCUGCACAAUUUUGUUGUACUGCUUUGUAUAUUUAAUAUGAUUUUAUUUUGCAGUAAACAAACACUAAAACCACUUGAAAACUCCAAAGCACCGGUCCUUAGCAUUGGACAUUUGCGUUGUUUUUCUUGUCCCGUUGGAAUUUCUGCGUCGCGUACAGUGUGAACCAAAGCCAAUCCGCUUAUUUGCAUCAAUCAAAUCAACUAACAACAACCAAUUGGCCUCUCAAAACGCCUACCCUUCUAAAGUUGAACCAUUUUUGGAAAAGCUUGCAAUCGAGUCAGAGUGAACGCCACGUUGACGCCAUCGAUUGUCGUAUGUUCUGAAGCACGAGCUCAUCAUUGAUGGAUGCAUUCGGUGUGCUGGGAGUUGGGUGCUGGCAAGCUGUCAAAAAGUUACAUCACUUUGAAAUCCGCUUACGUUGUUACGAUGGUACAGGGUACAAUCGAAAAGAUUAGAAUCGUUGAUCAAAGAGAGAAAACGAGAAAGAGAGUAUAUGAGUCUCUUAGGCAGAGAGAUAGAGAAAUAAAGAAAGAGUAGGUAAUAGUAUUUCUAGAGUUAUUUUAAAUGCUCCCCUCUAGCAGAUGUCCAUCAAUGGAUUUCCGCAACACUAGGUAGGUGACCAGGUCACGUCAACUAGCAUGAUUUUGUUUUGAGAUCGAUACACGAAAGAUCCAAUGGUUUAUCGCUCAAUCUAUGUUAAUUUAAGCUUUCAUGUGGAGAUUCAUUGCAAUUGUGUCAUUUUGCCGUCUCAUUGGUGUGUGUAUUUUCGAACCACGUACUCCGGUGUCAAAAGACUAGCUCUCAGUACACUGUUUGCCAGGAAUUAACCUAGAUUGAAUAGAACAAUAAGUCUGAUGCUUCAAUCAGCCUGAUUUAAAUUUGAGCCAUCGGGGCAAUUUAUCUACAUUAUCCGAGCUCAUUCAAAAACUAGUUACGCACGAGACUUGCUCAUAAAAUCUCCACGUCAUCCGACAUCAUCCGACACGAAUUCUUCGAUUAGAAGACCUUUUCAUAGGAAAAGCAAUCUUUUUAAGUUUUACUUUUUUUAUUCAAGUUUGAACACUCACUUCUCUCCUUCCAAUUUUCUAUUUCCGCUUUUGAUGUUCUGGUAGUUUGAAUAUUUGCCAGACGGCGAAGGCCUCCUCUUUCAAAAACAUGUCGGAGUAGAGGAUGUUGCUUUGAUCAAUAUUCGUUUAAAGAAUAGCUGCUUUGUUGUUAUAAGCAGAGACAGUUUUGGUCCAUUGUUGACGAAGUUGAUGCUCGGUAGAGGGCUGAUAUUGGUAAAGUGAUGGAUUUGCAUGCAAAUAUGAUUGAGUGUAGAAAAUAUACUAUCAGGGUCUACAAUUGGUUCAAAAGGUAAGCUCCAAUACUCUUGAAAAAGAUGAGCAUCUCAUGCUAUACUUACACUUUUGAAUAUUGGAGGAUGUGUAAAUUAUGUAAGUCAUUGCUGGAAGCGUUCCCGCAUCAGAAAAUAUGCGUGUUAAUUAGGUGUCAGCUAGGUUUACCUGUAGGGAUCCGUAGACCCAGUACACAAAUUGCUACCCUUGGUACGUUUGGUUCUUUUCCCGUUCUGAGAACAACAUUUGCUCCGAUUAUCUGCUAAUGAAUCUCUUUCAGCGUGUACACCCUCGGGACGCUAAGAGAAAGGUUAUGUUGAUCCUUUUUUCUGCCAUAUCGAUCCUUUUUCCCUUUUGUUACCUUAGCACUUUUGUGGUGUUAGUCACCAGACGCUACCUGUCUUAUGUAAAAACCAUCCCAUGGUUUUUUGUACCAGGUAGAACCAGGUUUUGUACACGGUCCAAUUUUAUCUGAAGAUGCUGCUUUGGGCCUGCCAUCACAGAUUGGUCUAUGACGUGAAAAGGAUACGUUGUAGGUGUUGGAUUAAUGUUUCACUCUUUUUUGCUGUGGCUGGGCUGUGUUGUUUGAUAUUGGGAAUAGAACGUGUACGAUAUACUUUUGGAAUAAUUGUAUGUCUCAAGUCAUUACUAUCAGAGGUGAUUAGAUGGUCGUCUCUCUGGAGAGACAUAGUAAAUUAUAGCUUUGAUAGAAGUGACAUACGGUAGAAAGUAAUCUUUGAUUUCUAUACAUAAACAGUAGCGUGUACAGAUGUUCAUCAAAUUAUCAAUUUAGAUAAAUUUGGGUUGUAAUGGAACUCAAUAACAUUUAAUAUUAUUUUGCUCAAGUUUCAUCAGCACACAAUAUAGUUUUUUUGCAACUAUUGAGCCUUCAUGCUUCAAGUUUCAGUUAGCUGGGAGAUAGCCCACAGAAACGAUAUUUAUUUAGGUUACAACCUUUAUAUUUAUUGUAUUUUUCACAGCAGUGAUGGUGUCGAAAUGAACAUUAUGAAUAUUAUGCUUUGAGGGUGGUAAGAACAAAUGACUGUCCUUGGUGAGUGUCAAAAUCGUGCCCGUUCACAGUGGUGUCAGUUUAUGAUUUCCAUUCGGAGAAGAACGACGUAGCAAGGUAUGCGAUGAGCAGGUUGUUCUUCGCCUUUGCGCACAAGCGAAAGAUACAAAGUAACAAUUGUGUGUGUUUUUAGGGAAAACAGUGAUAUACAUGGAAAAAGUUCAAUGCAGCAUACUCCCCUCGGGUUGUUAGUGCAACGUUUAUUUGGAAUAAGUUGAUCGAGGUAUUCGUAGGAAAAUAAAGGCAUCCCAGUGUUCAUAGCACUCUACUGUCAUGAAUCAUGUGGCAAAGUUUUGGCCAUUGUCUGAUGUACAUUUGGAAAUGAACAAUUCCGGCUUGGUGUUCAAUAGCAAGACAUUGUACCGCUUAGCAAUUGAAGCAACAACGAGGAACUUCUCCAACAAUCCACGAUGUACGGCUUAUAGAGAAGCCAUCGACGAGCUGCCGUUGGGCAUACGCUUCAACGUGUUAAGUGAAAUGUGUGAUUAUCCCAGCCUAGUGGACGUUCAGUUGAAAAUUCUUUCCGAUCCACUGCUGAUCAGUGACUUUAUAAGAAACUUCUCCAGUGAUCUAACUCCUUUAGUACAAUGCCUUCAAUGGCUCGAAAGUGUCAAAAAGUCUCUUCCGAUCCAGCUGUUUCGACAGUACAAAAAACUUAUCGACGAGAACAUCCGUACCGGUGGCUUAUCCCGUUUCGACUACAGGUGUGGGUUACGAAUAGGCACGUUCCUAACCGAGACCGGGUGGCUUGUAGAAGCCAUCGGAAUACUGCAGCUUACUCAGCAACAUGCGCAAUUUGGAACGGCGAAAGAGCUCUCUGUACUAAGACAGUUGAUGCGUGCCCAGACUCUUGCUGGAAAACUGAUCAACGCCAACAAAACUUAUGAUCGCAUGAAAAGGAUGCUAGGUAAAGUGGUUCAACAGAGGUUGAUGUUUCAAAAUUUGCCAGAAAAAGAGCAGGAAGUACAGCGUUUGCAAGAUCUACAGGCCGGUGUAUGUCAUGCAUUCUCAUUGUAUCACUUUGAAGAUUUAAACUUGGUCGAUAGUUACGAGUACGGUAUGCAAUCGUUAAGUAUGAUCAGUGCACGAUCACCCAGCCGACUGCUAGUGGAUGUUUUACGACAAAUUGCCCGCGCCUGCACCGCCAGUCAGAGGUAUGCAAAAGCUGCUUGUAUGCUAAAGUUUGCGAUCGGUUUAGUUGCGCAUGAAUAUGGCCGUGGGAGUGGACUGUAUGCGGAAACGCUAGAGGAUCUUGCUAUUCUGCUACUUGCCUGCAAUCAGGUCAGUGAAAGUGUCGAUGUGUAUGCAGAUGCUCAACAUAUCUAUAUGCAGCUAUACGGUGCACGCAAUUUGCUACAUUCGCUUGCUCAGGGUAAUCUAGCGUAUGGGCUGUAUCUGCAGGCAUACGUUACUGGUCGUCGGGAUCGUGCACUCCAUCAUGUGAUGAAGGCUGUCGAAAAUUAUAAACGCAUCUUACCGCCGGACCAUCGAAUGUUGACUCAGGCUCGGCGACUGAGUGUUACGAUGGAUCUUUUUACUUUUGGAAGUGUUGCUGGAAGUGAUUUGGAUGGGUUCAAUGUAGUGUCAAUUAAUCAUAAGGAAAUUGAAGCGCUAUCCGUAAGAGAUGUUUGGGAACAUUUUCACGAAAUUAAUAAAUCUUAUAACGAUGAGUAAAAUGCUGAAAUCAUUGUUUUUUUUUGUAGGCGAGGUUAUAUCAAAUCUAUAUUAUAUCUUAUAUUUUAUUAUAUUAUAUCAAAACAGUUCUUAAAAUAUAAUUGAAGGAAUAGCUUCAAUAAUGCGUUUGGUUCUUUUAUUAUCAAUUUUAAUUGUCUUUUAAGCAAUGCGUUUAAGACUUGUAAUAUAACAUGUCACUGAAAUCCAAGCCCACAAGUGGUACAGACAUGCCUUGACCGACAACGGUUGUUGAGCCCAAAAGAAGAAGAAGAAGAAUAUAACAUGACUAAUAAUAAAAGAUUGAUGUUUUACUGCAUUUUUUCUACAUGAGUGUACUGUAACUAUAACUGUAAAAUAUUUGUAUUUUUAACAUAUAUUCAAAUAGCAUUGCUGGAUAGGAUCGGCGAAAGUAGGAUAAACUAUAUAUUUCCUCUUUUCAAAAUAACAAAAGCUUGUUUUAUUGAACCACUGUAACGCAUAAUCUGAAAUACUGAAAUUGUGUUUGACAAAUAUUAUUUAAACUUACAAAAGCAGGUUACAUUUUAGGCACAAAUUUAUAUGUAAGCUUAGUCACUUUAAAUUAUUAUGUAUAAUUAUAAAAUGUUGCAAUUCGUUUAAUACAAUCAAUAUCAUUCUUGACAACAUGCGACCAACAAUAAAAUCCAUCAGUCGUGUACUUGAGAUUAAGAAAGAAACUACGAGUAUAAGAGUAGUGGAUGGCGUGAGCAAUAGAAAAAGUAGAUUUUUAAAGUAAAUAUAAAUAUUUACAGUAUAUUUUUGAAAAUAAUAAUUUACAUUCAAUAAAUUGAAGUGAAUAAAUUCAUAUACCACUUCAGCAUUUUUUGAAUUAUAAAAUGCAUAAGACGCAAUUCAAUAUUUUAGGACCGAACUCUCUGAAUAAUUAAUGCAUGCGAAAUUUAUUCUCAAACUUUAAACAUUUCUCCACAUUGAUUGUAGCGUGUAAAGCGUAAGGCUACUUUCCGUGACCAUUUUACAUAUAAUGCGCU